CAAAUGAUGCGGACCCAUGUUUUGCUAAUGUUGAAAUUCUCCAUUCCAACGAUAUGAAUCUUUACAUAUUUGACACGACAACUACAACUUCUUCCAAAGAUCAUUUAUAAUGGAAGGCUUGUCAUAUCUAUCGCUGCAACAGCUUGACCAGAACGUCGAUUCAUUACCAUAAUCUUCUUUCGCCGCAUCAUACUAGUCUUUCAGCCUAUUAAACUAGGCAAAAAAUAGUAAUUAUAAGAGCCUCAAGAUGUUGCGUGUGCCCUACGCUCUCCUCCGGAAUGGUAUGUGGGAUGACGCCGCUGUCGCCACCAGCGAGCCUGUUUUCGGUCAUUUCCGCGCUCUGAGUACCAAGGAGCAUUUUAGCAGUGAGCGCGUCGCUCCGUAUUUUACCUGGCGCUUUUCCUCUCUCAGCUGCGGCUGUGCUUUUUACAUUGUCAAAAUUUUGCUCGGCUAUCCCGGGAGUGUGGUUCCGGAUGUAGAGGACUCAGCGUACAAGGACUACCUGCUGAACCAAUUGCCGCAAGAGAUUGACGCGUCUUUGUUCGACGAUUUGUUGCGAUUCUUGAUGUACGAAGACAUUGUUUUUUGGUUCAUCACGAUCAUCAGCUUUUGUGCAAUCGUCUUUGCGACAGCUUUGUCCUGGAUGGCGCCUAUAACCUCAUUUUGUGGCCUAUGCGUGCUGUGUGGAGGCGACGAAAACACCAUAAAAGUUAUACGUCCUUCUACUUCAUCUUCUACAGCAGGAGGAGAUGGACCUCCAGGAGGAGAUGGUCCUCAUCUUCUACAGCAGCAAGUGGCCUAUAAUUACCAGUUGCAGCCCGCAGGUGUAGUGCCGCCACAUGAGAUAAGAAUAGGAUCCAAGAACGCACAACAUGUUGCUGCGCCUGGUGGUCCUAUGGUCGUGAACUUGACAGAGUAUUCGUAUUCCACGUCGCAGACCAGAAACACUUUACCUUUAAGGGAUACUGGGCAAGGAACCCGACCCAACCCAGCUGGGAAAAACAAUAACAACGACACCAGUCGAAUUCCGCCACCAACAGUUGCGGGUAAGUCUAGGGGUUCCACCGCCGAGAAUUCUGUUUCUCCACGACACCACCGCUUUUCCGAGGGUGACCAUAGUAUGGCCGCUUCCGAUGAUCCUCGGGUUCCUUCCCCCGCGAGGAGUCCUCAGCAGGUGGCCUUUCAAGCGCGGAAAAGCGUUAGCCAUAUCGAGGAGCUGGAGAACUCUCCGGUGGUGCAAGCGCUGAAGCUGCGACUCCAGACCUCAAGACGGGCGGUCGCGUUCGCAUGGCUUAUCGCUUUUGCGCCGCCGUUUUUGUUCUUUUUGAUUUAUCCCAUUCGCUCCGCUGUCGACUGGGACGCAAUUGCCGCGGACGUUUGUCAUACGUCAGUGAAAAUGGUGUUCAACAUGCCGGGAACCGAUCUGCGAAGAACCCUGAAAUUGACGAACGAAGCGGGGCUCCUGCCCAGCAGCCACACCCUUCUCGCAACUGGCGACCUAGAAGGGUGGUGCACUCAGCAUGGCAAGGACUGGCACCAGGCUUUUUACUCCAAUGCUGUCCGGUGCGCGUGGGUGAUCGAGGAUAAGUGUCGCAACAAGUACUGCAGUGCGGGCAGUGGGCGCGCCGCACCGCCAUCCAGGGAGGUCCCGAGAUGCCUACUCGAAUGCCUGGACUACGCAAUCGAAAAAGACGGCGUCGCAUCGGUAAGGCGACAAACCAUCCAUGGUUAUGGAACCUGUGCAAGCAGGAGCACACCGAUCUCUUUGGGUAUUCGCCCAAACAACAUCCAGUUGGCGGGGAGCAGACGGGAGCUACUCCCAGCUACAGGAGGAUCUACGGAAGAAGAUCGUCGCAUCGGUGGAGCAGACUUUUUUACUGCUAGUACUGAAGGCGAUCUGAAACUGAAUGAAAAAGAGGUUGCAGCGAAUGUUCCUGUUCCUCAAAAUGAUGAUACGGUGGAUCGGGUCUCAUCAAGUAUGUUGAGUUUGACAUCACCAGUGACCACAAAGAUGCGAUCGUUUGGAGAUAACCAUGCGAGUAAAAAAAUCACGAGCGGGAGCACUCCUGUUUCAAGCAGCCACCAAAACUUGCUAGCACAUCGCAAUUUGGAGACUUUCAGCGAAGGGCUUCUCAGGACUGAAGAACAAUAUAGCAUCGAAGCAUCACCUUGGUCCGAAGUAGAUGCGGUUCCGGUCGAAGCCACGGCCGAACAAGAAACUGAACCUCGUUCAUUGACUACUGCUGCUGCGGUGACUUCUGCUUAUCUUGCGCGCGUGAUGGCAGAAUUCUACGACGUUUUCAUUUACACCAACCGACAAAUGAUCCUCAGUGGCUCUGAGGCGGCAACCUAUGGCGCGUUACAAGCGGAAUACGCUGUGGGGCUGCUAGUGGCUAUAGUCAGCAGUCGAAUUCUCGUCACUUCUGCCCUCUCCUUGCUUGGCGGUCUUGCUGAGGCGCUUCUGAACCAAAAAGCCAUGUUCCCGGUCUCCCAGCACGGUGGCUGGGUCCUAAUUCUUACGCUUUGCGAGGCGUUGCCGAUCUACGCGGCGCUGUUAGCAAUGCUUCAGCAACUCAUUGGGGAUUACAUCUUUUCCGUCGCUUGCUUACUAUUUCUGGUAUACCUGUCCACAGGGAUCGGAACGGGGUGGCGGCUACUCAGAUUGCGCUUCGAGGGCGACCGGGAGCGGGAUCGGAUGUACCGAUGGAUUUGGAUCGACUACGGUGCCAAGUUUGUAUGUGGCAUUGCGAUCGUCAUCACCCUCAUAUCAUGGACAGAAUCUAACGGCCUCACUGGACUACAAAGCUUCGCUUUCGACACGCUUCUCGACCCUCUAACGAUCUUCACCCUUGUGUUACGAACCAAUGAUCCACGUCCAUGCCUAUGCCAUGACUCAAAAUCAAUACAUUCAGCUGCAGAUGCAGCGUAUCGAUCGUUUUCUGUUUAUUUCACGAAAAUCAAAAAGAUGACAAUAUCAAUAACUACGGCUCUGUAAGAAAAGUAACAUAAGAAUAACUACGACAGCUUCAGUUCCUUAAAGAGAACGCCAGCUCUUCUAAUUUCCGUCGACAUUGUCGCCAAGAAGAUCCUUACCGCUGUUGCCGGCACCGAUCUUAUCCUGUACGCAUAUACACGUACAGAACUUUGGGUCCUAGAGGCGCACGAUCGGGAGGUUAGUGGUAAAGCGGAGUGGCGUGCAGAAGUUGAGGACAUGGGUACUCUUCUCGGCAGCCGGAUGAAAAAUAACUUCGAUACGAUGCAAAGCCAAAGCUGA